UCAGAGGACGCAGUCAGUAACGGAUUUCAUUAUUUCUUCGUCUCUUUGGGUAUGAAUUUACAGGACUCCUGAUGUUGGGAAGAAAGUUCCUGGAUUAGGUGUGUUGAGCGCAGUUGCAGGUAUGGACCGGGACAGGAUAGGAGAGAGACUGCAGGCAUCACUGGCCGGACUGCAAGAGCUGCAUUUCCUCCGGGACAAACAGAGUACUAGGGUGCACUGGGCACUGACCCUGAACAGAGAAGAGCCCGACACAUCAACACAUGAGAUAAUAAGCACAGAGGAGCUAAGAGUGGAGGCAACACUUACUCUCCUGAAACAACAGCUGACACGUUUGCGCAGGCAGGAUGUGGGAUUGAAGACUCACCUGCAGCAGCUGGAUCAGCAGAUCAGUGAACUGAAGCUGGAUGUGUGUAAAUCAUCAACUGAAAACCUUGAAUGUGACAGCAGACCGAGUUCAGGUUUCUACGAGCUCAGUGAUGGUGGAUCAGGCUCACUGUCCAAUUCUUGUAUCUCCGUCUACAGUGAGAGUCUAUCCUCUUCAUCUCAAACCAGUCUCCUUCCUCAUCUUUCCACUUCCUAUUCUCCACAUGGCCAUAGUGGCUCCGGACAGGCCAUUGUGUCCCGCUGUUUUUCUGCUGAUGAGAGCACAGCCCAGCCCAACACCCCACGAUCAAUAGGAAUGAAGCUUGGUAGCAGUUGUAUACGAACUACACCAGCUAUUGCAGAAAGAGUGAGACAAAGACCUGUUUCCAUGGGUGACCUCAACCGAGUGAUCACAUCUGGUUUUGGCUCCUUCAAAUCCACUGACGUAAAGACCUCAAUCCACUCUGGAAGCCACCACAACCCCUCAGUAGACCCUAAAUAUCAGAGUAACCUGGUGUCUAGCAAUGGGACAGAGGUGUACUGUUACCCAAGCCCCCUGCACGCUGUGGCCUUACAAAGCCCUAUCUUUAGUCUCAUAAGUGAUCAGCAAAGUAAAGUAGUGGCUGAGGGACAGGAUGGAAAGCCAGGAGGGGUACUUGAAGAGAUAAACCAGAACCCUAACCAAAAGUCUACAAACUCCAGGUCUUCAGUACACAUCAACAAACUCCUGCAGCAAAGCUUCAGUAAAAUGAACCUGUUAAAUGAAAUAAGAAGAAUUGACCCCCAGGAGCAAAGACCCAGAUCCCUGGAAGUGACCUAUGGACAGCUGAAUGGUCCUCAAUAUCUUGGGUCCUUUCAACAGAUAUCAGUGUCCCCAGAAAAUGCACUGGAGACUAGAAAAACAUCUUCAACACUAAACAUCAAUCAACAGAAGACAGACACCUCUGCUGCUGAGUCCAAUUCAUACGGGGUCAAGGUCCACACACUCUCAGCACCUUCCAUGGAUUUCCAACAAAAUUGCCUUCCUGUUAGGAAUAUGGAAUCUGACAAUGAACUCUCAGAUAAGGGAAUUGGAGUUUCUUCUAAGGAGUCAUCUUUGGUCUCAAAGCCAGUAGACAGGAGAUCAAGUUUUAACCACAGCAGUAAGGCAUGCGCAGACUCUUUUGGUGAUAAGAGUAGUCCACCUCAGUGUGAGUUUGUCCAUGCAGAAUUUGUUCCCGCAGGGUCUCAGAGGGUGAAGGUGCGCCAUGCUGACAAGAAAACAAAACCUUUGAAAUUGAGGAAGAGCUCAGAGAAACCCUCAUCAAAGAAACUUAAUCAAAAACACUUCUCACGACAGAAGGAGCUCUGUCCAAAAACCUCCAAAAACCGAGUUGACUUAAAGCAGUUUAGCUCGUGCAGAGGUAAACUGACAAGUCUAGACGAGUCCCAGAUACACUCUUGCUUGGAUUGCAGUUGCAACUCGCAUUGCAUCCCGAACAAGCCUAUCUAUCAACAAAACCAAACUGCCAAGUCCAUCAAGUCCCACAAAGCUCAUUACCCUGAAACUGUGCAUCUUGUAGAGCAAGCCCGAAAGAAACAGAGCUCUAGCAAAUGGCCUUCUACCUCUGAGAUCCUGUUGCCCCCAACUCUCCACACCCAGAGAUCCAAGGAGAUGCCAACCACACACAAGGCAGGCAUGGUAAGGAGCAUUAGUGCAAGGCCUCGCUCGAGUCAAUGGGGUUGUCCUCCACGACCCCUCACUCACUCUUUCUCCACCUCCUCGUACUUCAGUUACUUGGAAUCUAGAUAUCCGGCAGCUCGAAUCUCCGGCCGCCAUGCUCCUCACUGUGAGUCAGAAUUUUCAGAGUACUCUGCAGAGUGCGCCUCUCUCUUUCACUCUACUAUAGCAGCAAGCAGUGACGGGGAGAUUAGCGACUACACCACAAACCGCUUCGGAGACAGUGAGUCCAGCCAAGGCUCUCAGAUGCCCUCAGAUUCAGACAGCAGCCUCUCAAUGGAUGAAGAGGACCUGUUAGAGGAAGAAGAGGAUGAUGAAGGCAGCUUGGUGUGGGCCCAGGCUGCAAUUGGGCCCACCGCAGCGGGUUUGUCCCUUCAGCAACACCACCACCCAAAGCCAGCAGCCUGCCGCAUCAAAGCAUCUAGAGCGCUGAAAAAGAAGAUUCGCCGCUUUCAGCCAGCAUCACUCAAGGUUAUGACUCUGGUGUAGCCUCGCUUACGAUAUGAUGCUUGAAAAGGAAGCUUGAGUUUACUCCUGUAAAAUAAUUCCUUUCACAAAUAACACAAUUCACUUGGCAACUGUACCUGUGAUCCAAUUAAGAUUAAGUCGAGUGUACUUUGAGACUUUUAUCAAGUCAUCAAAAGCAUAUGCUAGAAAUUACCACAAUGAAUCAGUGAGCUUCAGUUAACUUUAACCAAAACAUGACUUUGACAAGAGUUUCAUACACUUACAUGGCAUCUUGAACUGCCCAAUCAUCACAGGACCAGAGAUAUUGAAAAAUUGGACUUCUCCACAACCAGUCCAAUUGAGUCCUCUGUUGAUAUGUGUAGAAACUGUAGACUGUAAAAUCAUUUUUUGUAUUUCUUUACCCAAUUAUAAAACACCUGUAACUAAAAAAAUCCUGUGUAAAAAGAGCAAUUUCAGCUGGCCACUUUUGAAACAAAAAGAUUCUCUUUAAAAAAAAAAGGAAAUUCAAUAAAAAUAUUUUGCUUUUUACGUUCAUUUUAUUUUUUAUUUAAUAAUGAAAUCAGUGGUUUUACUUUGCUUAUCCAUAAUGGUUCUUCUCAAAGGUUGUCUGAAAUGGAGAUUAGAAAUGCUAAUGAAUUCACAUUAUGAGGACAGUCUUAACAAGCUUUCUAUUAUUUGUGUGCUUAUUAUGCUCUUUAUCUAUAGGUGAUCACAUCAAUAUACAAUGGUCAAGGGCUGUAUUCUUACAAUAAUAUGGAUUUAUCUGAAUAUAUUAAAGGAUUUUGAGGUUGAGCUUUUGAGAUGACAGAACAUAUCACAAAUCAGUUGUGGUGAAUUUAAAGAGUGGACAGAUCUGUAAAUCUCAUUAUUUUACUCCGUGUCAGAAUCUCUACUAAAAUUCCUGUAUAGUCAGAGAGGUUGGAAUGGGGUUUAGUCCUCUGAAUACACUCAUACAGGUGAAGACAAGAUGGUACUUGGGCCCCUGGAUGCAUUUUAUCUUUGCUAGUCUUAGUUGAAAGGAGCUUUAAUCCCUUACAGACCCAAGAAUUUCAUCAAGUUCUACUUACAAUUUACUGCCCUGGAUGGUUUUAUCACCAUGGAAACAUACACACACCCCUUCACAUCAACCCACUGUGUUUUUUUGUAGGACAGUUUUUUUGGAUCUGGGAGUUGAUUUAUACAGACCAAUUACGGCAAAGUUAAUUACUGUACUUGCAAGGUUGUACUGCAACUCAUUGUUUAAUUCACAUUAAUUCAGCUUCAAACACUUACAUUUUUUGUGUUGUAGACUAUUUCAGUCUUAAGUGUGUUUAAGUGUGAUUAAAUACACAAUCUACUAAAAAGGCAAUAAAAAA